AUGAGAGAAGUCAACUUUAGCAUUCCCAGCGUCAACAAGGCGGCUGUCAACAUCACCACUACUCUUUACGACAGACGGGCCCUCGACUGCACAUCGACUCUGCCUCUCAUCAACUCCCUCAACCAUCUCGCCUACCUCACUACUUCAUCAGACCGCAUCCGUGACAUCCUCACCGUCGAUGGCGGCAUCGAACAGCUGUGCGUUGUCAACAUCGGUGUUCGUGGCUCAGAGAAUGUUCGCACCCGUGUGGUAGAGGCAGACAUGGUCCCCGUUAUUGCUACCAUCCUCGAUAACUACAUCCGUGUCGUCGACCGGAUACGCGCUUCUUCUUCGGCGGCUGCAUCCACCGAUCCAGAUGCUUCUCGCUCAAAACAGCACAAGACUGCCAUCAAUACCACCACCACCUCGACCCCGACUCCGACCUCUUCAACGUCAUCUUCUAGGAGAGACCAGCCUCCUAGAACGUCAAGAGCUUCGUUUUACGACCAUAGAUCAGACCAGCGGAACGCUCGGCGUCAGGCUCCUCCUCCUUCCAUCGAGAUUCCUUUACCAUAUGCUCAGGACGGGCCAGAACAUAAUACCGCUACUACCACUGCUACCACUGCAGCCACCACUGCAACUACCGCUGCCACAGAGGGCCGUCACAACAACAACCUCCAUACCCCCAUAGACGUUCAGCCCUCUCCUCACAUCGUCCUGACCUCGCCGCCUGAACGGACAACUUUUAACCACCACCAUCACCACCAUCACCAGCGAGAAGGUCAUCGCCACCGGAUCAUCCAGCCACUCGCUUCUGCCACUGUCGCUACCGCGGCUACCACAAUGACCACCACCACAACAACAACAACAGCACCUACUACUGACCCGUUCAAUCCUAUACGCCAGGUUAGAGACGUCGAUCGCCUCCCUUCGGCCCUUCCCGGUCUCCAGGGCGGAAUAACUUCUCAGCCAGAGUCGCUCUUCUGCUUCCACACCACUACCUCUCCCCAAACCGCCGAAGAAGCCCAGGAGGAAAUGGAAGAAUACAUCCUCCCAGAUGACUUCAACAUUUUCCCUCUGGUCGAAAAAUUCACCGUUCGCCACCACACAAAGGAUAUGCAGUACUGGGCGUGCGUCGUGAUGCGCAACUUGUGCCGCAAAGACGAUUCACGAGGCGGCAUUCGUCAAUGCGCUUAUUACAAGUGCGGAAAAUGGGAGGAGUUCCAGCGACAGUUUGCAAAGUGUCGACGGUGUAGGAGGACAAAGUACUGCAGUAAGGAGUGCCAGAAGAGCGCAUGGGUCUACCACCGACACUGGUGCCAUUCGUCACCGGAACAUUAG